GAAUCCCGAACGGCUUUUUUCUCUUCCUCCGUUUCCCACCGUCGUUUGGAUUUUCGUCGUCGUCGUCGUCGUUGUCGUCGUUGUCGUUUUACCACCUUGACGAUUUCCCCUCCGCACAUACGCAUACUUUAUACGCACGGGGGCACUUGCAAAAAGAAUAUACAGCCAGGUUUCCCACCUUUGCAUACGCCUUGGACAAUCAUUUAUUGCAAAGCGACAUUUGUCUUACGCAGCAUUACCCAUCGUCUGAAACUGCAUCUUUUUGUGCGUGCAAGAUAAAACGACACAAAUCCGACGAGUCUCUUUUACUAGUACUUUCACCUCCGCUCGUCUUCCUUGAGCAUGUCGUCGUUUCAAAAUUGGAAAUAUCCGGGACCAAAGGGUGAAGGUCCUCAUCCCACGGACUCCCACUCGUAUGGUUCGCGUGACGCAAUGGCCCAGUAUCAAGCCCAUCAUCGGCCUUCUCAACCACAGCAACAGCAUUCUUACUCGUACUCGCAACCACCGCCACCCUCUCAACAACCGCAAGCCCAGCAGCCUUCGCAGUCGUAUCCGUCAUCUCAGCCUUACUUUCAAAGGUCUUAUCCCGCCACUCAGCAGCAUCAUCAAUCUCAAAGUCAAGGAUAUCACUAUCCAUCAUCGUCAUCCUCCAACCAGAUGCACUAUAUGCCUCAGACUUACGAUUCUGCAGGUCAUAUGCAUCCACAGCAUUCGCAACGCAUGUCGGGUCCGCCCAUGCAAAGUCAGCAUCAUCCUCCGUAUCCUGCUUCUGGUUCUUAUCCGCAAUCGCAUCAUGCUAGCGCCGCCCAGCAUCCUCCCCUGCCUUCCGUCCAUCACAUUUACCAUGGCAUGUCUCAAAAGUCCAAUCAGACACUCCCACCUUUGGCGGCAGCGCUGGCUGGUCAUAAUCAUACAUUCGCUUCUCCUCCACCUACACCACCACCUUUGCAAACACUCCCACCUAUACAAUCUCUUCAAGUGAACGUCUCCGCGCCCGCCACGGCGCCAUACGAUCACCCUGCCCAUCAAAAUUACCGACACGGCCGUCACAAGAGCCUCGACUUUGAUGGUAGCACAAAGGCCAAUGGGAAAAAGAGCCCAUUGGCAAACGAGUACAAGAUGGAGCACACUAUCGAAACGGAUCGUAUCGAUGGCCGCCCCGGCCCCAAACGAUCUCCCCCACAUACCCCAGUGUCUGACUCAAUGACAAGUUCCAAUGCACCUUAUUAUAGUCCGUGGGGACCACAACAACCGGGCUCUUACCCGGCCCACAGUCGAUACCCGCAAGCCACGCCCUCCACUAGUUCGGUUCCAGUGAAUCCGGACAAGGCUCGGUCGGCUAAUACAAAGUCGGAGAGGGCUGCGGCACCUGAACCGCGACGACAUAGUGGGUCUAAUACGACGCCAUCGAGUAUCGGAUCUACAACCACGCGACGGAGGAGGUCUUCCGCCAGCGUAUCUAUUGCUGCAGCCGGCGGUCACCACCGACACAAGCGUUCGUCUUCCCAGACAUCUUCCGAUGAGUCAUCCGCCUCCACCACGUUUCCAAGCACCACGUCUUCCAACGGCGGAGGUAAAAGCUACCAAUGUGAAACAUGUGGAAAGGUUUACAAGCAUCCAAACUGUCUCCUCAAGCACAAAUGGGAGCAUACGGAACACUGGAAGGAAGCUGCAAAGUUUUCUCUUUCUAAGCACCAACAGGUGCAACUAUUAGAGGCUGCAAGCAUAUUGGUCGGCUUUGGUAUGGCACCUCAGAGCGGCGGCCGACGACCGAGUGUUUUCGAAGUUGCUGGGAUUGAGCCAUUGGCUACCGAAGCCGAAGUAGAGGAGUUCAAUGCUGGUGGUGAUGUUGGGGACGAAAGUUUGAGUGUCAAGAAAGAGAGUCUGAGGGAGGGAGAACAGAGGCGAGGAGUUGCAGUUGAGGCCUGAUCGGUGGGACUCUAUCCACCGCACAGCAGUUUUCUGCAGGCCUGUUUGGUUCUGGUGUGUGCUGGAAGGGUUUUGGCUUUCCCUCUUUUAAAGAGUUCUCUCUGCUAUUUCUUUUUCUUUGUAUACACUAUUUUUUUUGUGGAGGGAAUCUGGUGCAGUGCAAAGCAUGGGUGAGGGAGGUCUUUUUUUUUGGUUUUGUAUUGCGU